CGUUGCCUAGCAACGGUGUGUCAACCUCCUUUUCCACAACACCAAACUCACAGUCUGCUUCCCGUGGCCGGCUGUCAUAAUAAUUAUGAAACUUAAACUAGACCUUUAGUUUGGAACAAAAUAGGUCACAGAAUGGGAAAGAAAGGGAAGAAGGAGUGCGAAACACCCUGCAAGGAAACGUUUGAGCCACUACCUGUUGAAGGCAAAACUCCAGCAACAGUAGUGCUGCUGCUGAGCUCCCCAGAGGAGGACAUCCUGGUCAAAGCAUGUGAAGCAAUCCACACAUUUGCAGAGAAAGGAGACGAGAACAAGCUUUCUCUGCUGGGACUCGGGGCACUGGAGCCUCUUAGUAAGCUCAUCAGUCACAACAACAAGCUGGUCAGACGCAACGCUUUCAUGGCCCUGGGCAUCAUGGCCGCCAAUGGUGACGUGAAGAGUGCUCUGAAAAAAUUUGAUGUGAUUCCAUCGAUUAUUGACAAACUGUCACUUGAAGAAGACACAGUUGUCCAUGAGUUUGCAACGCUAUGCCUGGCCUCUCUGUCCGUGGAUUGCGUCUGUAAGGUCCAGAUCUUUGACAGCAAGGGGCUGCCACCUCUAAUCCAGCUCCUAUCCAGCCCAGACCCUGAUGUCCAGAAGAACUCAAUAGAUGUUAUCUUUAACCUGGUUCAGGACCACCAGAGUCGUCUGGCGUUACACGAGUUGGCCGGGAUACCUCCAGUUCUGGAACUUUUGAAGUCAGAUUUCCCUGUCAUUCAGCAUUUGGCUUUAAAGACGCUGCGGAGUGUCACCACCGAUAAAGAUACAUGCAAAGCCUUCAGGGAAGAGCAAGGAUUUGAGAAGCUCAUGGAUAUCCUCAGCAACACGGACUUAAGUGACCUUCACACUGAGGCCUUACAGGUAGUUGCUAACUGUGUGGGUGACAGUGAGGGUUUCCAGCUGAUCCACAAGGAUGGAGGACUGACAAGGCUCAUGGAGUUUGUUCUCACCUCCACUGUGCCUGAAAUCCAGUCCAGUGCUGUUAAAUGCAUCACCAGGGUUGCUCAGAGCUCUGAGAACCGCAAACUGCUCCAUGAGCAGAAUGUGGAGAAGGUCCUGGUGGAGCUUCUGUCUGCGGUGGACAUUGGCGUGAAAGCAGCUGCCUGCCAGGCUGUGUCCGCCAUGAGCUUCCACCUAGCCAGCAAAGACUGCUUCAGAGACCUGGGUGGUAUCCCUGCAGUUGUACAGCUGCUGAAUGGCGAGGAUUUGGCGUUGAAAGAGGCAGCUACCCAGGCCCUCUCUAACCUCACACAUAGCAACCAGCUCAACGCACAUGCGGUGUAUGAGGCAGGAGGCCAUGAGAUACUUGUCCAGCAGCUGUAUGCAAGCUGCCCCAGGAUGGUGGCCAAUUCUGCUGCCACACUUGGCAACAUGGCAGGACAGGAGGUCAUCCGCUGCAGUAUCUUGUCAUGUGGAGCCAUACAGGCCCUGGUGGAGCCUUUGAAAUCCACAGAUACACAAGUCCUGGUCAAUGCCACGCUGUGCCUGGUAGAGCUGGCCUGUGAUACAGAUGCUAGGGCAGAGCUACGAAGCGCUGGAGGUCUUGAACCACUUGUCAAUUUGCUGCGCACCUAUCACAGGGAGUUGCUGCACAGUGCAUGCUUGGCUAUCAAUGUCUGUGCCAGUGAUAUGCCCACCGCUGUGGAGAUGUGUAAAUUUGGAGCUCUGGAAAUGCUCCAGGAGAUCAACCAGUCAGUGAAUCGAAGGAGCAGUUUCAGCAAGUUGGCCAUGAUCAGCCUGCUUAACUCCAACUUGUCCGUCAAGUACAGCUUGACAGGUCAUUUGGCCGCCGCUGACAUCAUUACUGAUGGCUUCUAUGAUGCAGGGAAGGCUCGUCCAGGUCAGAGGAUUCUGACUUUAGAGGAACUGUCCAAGCAGCCUGUCGAUGAGCAUCGGCCCAUCAUUGCUGUCAACACAGCAACAGAAGAGACAGUGGAUGUGCCAGAAGAGAGGCAGAGCAACCCAUCAGAAGCAGACACCAGCAGCAAGGGAGACCGCAGGACACCAAGGAAGAAGAAAGAGGAUGACAAACAGAAAGAUGAGACCCAGCCUGAGUCUCCUACAGAAAAACCGUGGAAGAUGAUGGACGACGAAUCGUUGCGGGUUCUAGUUGAAAAGGUCAAAGAAUCCAUCCUCCCACUGAGUGAUGAACGAGAGCAGUAUGCCGCCCUGGCCAGGCUGGUGAGUGAUGCCAUGGGAGGAGCCGUAGAGAUGGAAAAGUUACAUGAAUUCCCAUGGGUGCUGCACCUCAGCGAGCUCAAGUUUCAGCUUCAGUGUAAUGUUGUUCCCAUCGGUUUGAUCAGCAAGGGAUUCUACUGCCACAGGGCACUUCUCUUCAAGUGUCUGGCUGAUUGCAUCGGAAUGAGCUGCACACUUGUUAGGGGCGAGUACAGUCGGGCUUGGAACGAGGUACUCCUAUUCAAUGGGAACAUCUCCAGGAAUGAGCGUUCUUCACAGCCCUGCCGCUACAUAGUGGACCUUAUGCACCUGCCUGGAAGCCUGCUGAAAGCCGCUGGAGGUGUGAUUUUUGACCGGGUCACCCAGCUACCAGCUCGGAUCAGCCGGGGGAGGACCGGCGCGAACUCGCCGCAGCAUGAACAAUCCCGACGCAGCGAGCGCACUUGGCUCCACUGA